AUGGCCUUUGUAAAAGUGGCCAGGACAUGCUCCACCUUGUUUUUCAGGCACUUAGAGGACAUUCCUUCACCGACAAAAAAUGUCACAAAGCAAAGUAACUAUCACAUUUGUAAUUCUACAGAGCUUGUGAUCGCAAGUAGCCCUGACUUUGUUACGGAGCUUCUUCCAUCUGCUCAGCGUACAGCUUUGCUCUAUCAUCUCUCUUACCUCUGCUUGGCUAAUUUCCCCAAGUUGGAGAGGGAACUCAGAGAACGUGCUGUUGAAACCCAGCUUCUCUUUGGGUCCUCUGAAGUUCUUCUGCUGAAGUGUGUGCUGCCACAAGUAAACCUGGUUACCACGCUGUUGCCUGCAUUGAAGGUUGCUGUUGAAAAGGAUAAAAGCAUUUUGGCCAUUAAGUCCCUGAAAAAAGCAAGAGCAUGGAUCACUGAAAUUGUUGACAAAGUGGAACAGAUGGUAGAGAGAUAUGACAAACACAACCACAGUGUGGCUUCAUGCACCAGUGAUGUGAUUAAUGAAAAGGCUGAGACAGAAGGUGAAAUAGAUGAAACUACUAACGAGAUAGAGGCUCUGAAGAAGGUGGUGAGUGAACUAGAAGAGGAACUGAAGAAAAACAAUGAAGAAAUUAGACGAACUGAUGAAACGACUGCACAGAAAAACCGAGAACUGCAGAAUGAUAUCAAACAGGCUUCUAGAAAACGUUCAAUACCUGACCCUGUCCAUCUGAACGAUGUCCAAACCUGCCUCACCCGAAUCCAACAAAUUCUGAUUCAAAUUAAGAAGUUUUGGGAAUCAGUGAGUGUAAUGCUGGAGGCUCUCAAAGACGAGACUUUUGCUAAUGAUCACUUCAUCGAGGAUGGUGAAAUGAAGGAGAUCUUUCUGGAAUCUAUUACUACAGCACAACAGAAUUGGAAGGUCUUCGGUGAAUCCUGCCUCUAUGCCAAGGGCAUCUUCAGCUUGCAGACUAAGGAUGCGUUUAAGUUCCUGGAGAUCAGCCCAUCUUCACUGCCACCAGAAGAAUGGAAAAAAACGGAUUCCGGUUCCGCUCUGGUUGCCCGCCUGGGUUCUGGUUUGGCAGGAGCCUCACUGGCUCAUUCCUCCAGCUCCGUCCUGGCUAUCUGCUGGGGUUCCUGUAUGGUUGGGGCCCUGCUGGUUCGUCCUGCCGGCCCCGCCUUGGCCUUCCACCCUGCCGGUUCCGCUCUUACACCCUGGUCUACCUCUGUUCCCUGA